UGCAGGGCCGCCCUCCGGCCGCAGGGGACAGCAGCGGCCCCUCAGCCUGGGCGUCUCUCCCGCCUGCCGCCUCUAUGGGGCAGCCGGCCUGGGCUGCCGAAUAAGAUCCCGUUCCGGAGCUCUCGCGAUCUCUUCCACGCCUCCAUCAUGGCGCAAGAUCAGGGUGAGAAGGAGAACCCCAUGCGUGAGCUGCGCAUCCGCAAACUCUGUCUCAAUAUUUGUGUUGGGGAAAGUGGUGACAGACUCACCCGGGCAGCCAAAGUGCUGGAGCAGCUCACAGGCCAGACUCCUGUCUUCUCAAAGGCUCGAUACACUGUCAGAUCCUUUGGAAUCAGGAGAAAUGAAAAGAUUGCUGUUCACUGCACGGUUCGUGGGGCCAAAGCAGAGGAGAUUCUGGAGAAAGGGUUGAAGGUGCGAGAAUAUGAGUUGAGGAAAAACAACUUUUCAGACACUGGGAACUUUGGCUUUGGAAUCCAGGAGCACAUUGAUCUGGGAAUUAAAUACGAUCCCAGCAUUGGCAUCUAUGGCCUGGACUUCUAUGUGGUUCUGGGCAGGCCGGGCUUCAGCAUUGCUGACAAGAAACGCAAAACUGGCUCCAUUGGAGCCAAGCACAGAAUUGGGAAGGAGGAGGCCAUGCGUUGGUUCCAGCAGAAGUACGAUGGCAUCAUCCUUCCUGGCAAAUGAGCAGUUCCAGUUACCAAAAAUACUAAUAAAAUUUUCUAACAUUUAA